AUGCAAUCGCACAGACUCAAGCGCACUAUUUCAAAAUGUGUUAUGGAAGACGAGUCAUCACACGCUGUGGCAUGUAAAAAAGUGUCAUUUGGACUUGAAAAUGAGCCCAUUUUGUUGCCACGUGAGCGUCCACUCCACGAGGUCGAGCCCGAACUUUCGCCUACUGACGUUACUACAACAACAUUUUUACUUCCUUCUACUAUCCGAUCGGAAUUUGCGGCUAUCAAGUUGGAAUCGCAUGAGUCACACGACGAGAUCUCGGCUACUCGUAUGCUAAGUGCAAUUCUUGACUAUUUGCGUGAUAUGGCACAUAUUUGCAACUGUGCAAUUGAUUUUAGUUUUGCACAAUUGCGACACAUGUUGCAAUCUAUUCCAUUUGCUGUUGGACAAAUGCAACAUCUUGUAAAAACACGAUUGGAAUUGUCGUGGCCAUUAGCAGUUGCAUUUGUACAAAAUGUAUCGAAUUUUAUCACGGACGAAGAUAUUCGUGAUGCGUCGGUCAGUGAGCUUGUCACUUUUUUACAAGUUUAUUUGACUACUUAUCCCGUUGUUGCGGGGAAUAUUUGUGCAAAUUUACUGGAAUUUUUUCGCGAUAUCUUGACUCAAUUUAAACACUUUCUCACUCUCCGAUGGCUACAAAGUGGCAAGAUUACAUUUCCGUGUGAAUUUGGUCAUAAAUCCGACUCGCUAUUUCUAUGCAUGGAAUGUCAUCGUGAACAUUGGUAG